CGCCGGAUGCUGCCUGGGCUGUUUUGGCUGCUUUUCUUCGCCGGCGAUGAAGGCUCUGCCUUGAAGAUGGAGAUGAUCUGGGUUUUAUUCCUGUCUCUGGUGCCGGUGUACAGCAGGGGACAAGGGGUUUACGCUCCUGCUCAGGCCCAAAUCAUCCAUGCUGGGCAGGCGUGUGUGGUGAAGGAAGACAACAUUAGUGAACGUGUUUACACAAUUCGGGAGGGGGACACGCUGGUCCUGCAGUGUCUGGUCACAGGACACCCCCGGCCACAGGUGAGAUGGACCAAAACUGCCGGCAGCGCGUCGGACAAAUUCCAAGAGACGUCAGUGCUUAACGAGACCCUUCGGAUUGAGAAGAUCCAAAGGCUGCAGGGGGGCCGCUAUUACUGUAAAGCAGAAAAUGGGGUUGGGGUCCCUGCCAUCAAGUCCAUUCGAGUAGAUGUGCAGUAUCUAGAUGAACCUGUUCUCACCAUUCACCAGACCAUCAGUGAUGUUCGUGGCAGCUUCUACCAGGAGAAGACUGUCUUCCUCCGCUGCACUGUCAACUCCAACCCACCAGCUCGUUUCAUCUGGAAACGGGGAGCUGAGACGCUUUCCCACAGUCAGGACAAUGGUGUGGACAUCUAUGAACCCCUCUACACACAGGGUGAAACCAAAGUCCUGAAACUGAAGAACCUGCGGCCUCAGGAUUAUGCCAGCUACACGUGCCAGGUGUCCGUCCGCAACGUCUGCAGCAUCCCUGAUAAAUCCAUCACCUUCCAGCUCACAAAUACCACAGCUCCACCUGCUCUGAAGCUGUCUGUCAAUGAGACACUGGUGGUCAACCCUGGUGACAACAUCACUAUGCAGUGCUCUCUGACGGGUGGUGACCCACAGCCAGAGGUGGUUUGGUCUCACUCUCCUGGUCCAGUGCCUCCCAAUAGCCUUGUGCAAGGAGGCAAUCUCACCAUCUGGAGGAUCCGUGUGGAGGACUCAGGCUACUACAAUUGCACAGCCAUCAACAAUGUGGGGAACCCAGCAAAGAAGACGGUGAAUCUGCUAGUGCGGUCCAUGAAGAACGCCACGUUUCAAAUCACCCCUGAUGUGAUCAAAGAGAGUGAGACCAUCCAGUUAGGGCAGGACUUGAAGCUCUCAUGCCAUGUAGAUGCUGUCCCCCAGGAGAAAGUUGUCUAUUCUUGGUACAAGAAUGGGAAACCAGCCAGGUUCUCGGACCGGUUGCUCAUCACCCGGAAUGACCCCGAGCUCCCACCUGUGACCUGCAGCUUGGAGAUUAUUGACCUGAGAUUCAGUGACUACGGCACCUACAUGUGCGUGGCUACCUUCCAGGGAGCACCCAUUCCUGACCUCAGUGUGGAGGUGAACAUUUCCUCAGAGACAGUGCCACCAACCAUCAGUGUCCCUAAGGGUCAGUCCACCAUCACCGUUCGGGAGGGCUCCAGGGCUGAGCUGCAGUGUGAGGUUCGAGGGAAACCCAAGCCACCCAUCAUCUGGUCCCGGGUAGAUAAGGAAACUCCCAUGCCUUCAGGGACAAUGACGGUGGAGACAUACGAUGGGAAGCUACGCCUGGAGAGUGUGAGCCGAGAAAUGAGUGGGACCUAUAAGUGUCAGACAGCCAGGUACAAUGGCUUUAACAUCAGACCCCGCGAAGCCAUGGUGCAGCUCAACGUUCAGUUCCCCCCUGUGGUGGAGCCACCCUUCCAGGACGUGCGUCAGGGUAUGGGGCGCAGCGUCACCCUGCGCUGCACCAUGCUGAAGGGCAGUCCCAUGAAGGUGGCCACCUCCGUCUGGCGCUUCAACGGGUCCCUUCUGGCGCAGCCGCUGGCAGAGCAGCAGGACUACUCGGAGCUGAAGGUGGACAGUGUCAGCCGGGAGACCAGCGGCAGCUAUGAGUGCAGCAUUUCCAACGACGUGGGGGUCUCCACCUGCCUCUUCCAGGUGUCCGCAAAGGCUUACAGCCCAGAGUUUUACUAUGACACUCCCAACCCCACCUUGAGCCAGAAGCAAUCCAAGAAUUACUCAUACAUCUUGCAGUGGACACAGAAGGAGCCUGAUGCUGUGGAUCCCAUCCUCAAGUACCGCCUGGAAGUCCGGCAGCUGGCUCAGAGAAACACCAUCCAGACCUUCAUUCCUGUGCAGAAAAUGGAGAAAGGCCUGUUGCUGGAGCAUGUCUUGCCCAACCUGAAAGUGCCUCAGAGCUAUGAAGUUCGUCUGACACCCAUCACCAGCUUUGGGGCUGGAGAUAUGGCUACCCGCAUCAUCCGGUACAUGGAACCAAUCAACUAUCCCAACCCAACAGAUAAUACUUGCCGCUUUGAGGAUGAGAAGAUCUGUGGCUUCAUGCAGGACAAGAUGGACAACUUUGACUGGACCCGGCAGAACGCCCUGACGCAGAACCCCAAGCGCACGGUCAACACGGGGCCCCCCACAGACAUAAGUGGUACGCCGGAGGGUUAUUACAUGUUCAUCGAGGCAUCCCGGCCCCGGGUAACAGGAGACAAAGCCCGGCUCAUCAGCCCCCUCUACAACAUUACUGCCAAGUAUUACUGUGUCUCCUUCUACUACCACAUGUACGGGAAGCACAUCGGCUCCUUGAACCUGCUGGUUCGUGUGCGGAACAAGCGAGCCAUCGACACCCAGGUCUGGUCACUCAGUGGGAACAGGGGGAACAUGUGGCAGCAAGCACACGUGCCCAUCAACCCACCCGGGCCCUUCCAGAUCAUCUUCGAAGGUGUCCGGGGCACAAGCUAUGAGGGAGACAUUGCCAUCGAUGAUGUCACUCUGAAAAAGGGGGACUGCCCAAGGAAGCCAAUUGGACCGAAUAAGGGUGAGAUGCACAUUGACGUGUUGGUGGUACUCAAAAAGAACGUUGACUCCAUCAGCAGAAGUCAGCAGAGGGGUGUCAGACCCUUAAACUUGUUCUUUACAGUUCGGUUGCUCUUCCAGGAAGCGGUGUCCCGGCCCUGCACAGCCCUUGUCUUUGUGGCCCAUUGACUUUCUUCCUUUAUGUGCUGCUCAGAUGAUGGCAAGAGAGCGCUCCUGUCUUCAGACCAAGACAUUCCUGCUCCUUUCCUACUCAGCCACCUCUGCUCCUCUUCCUCCCCUCCUCACUGGCACACCAAAGUGUCUAUAUGUUACCAAAGACUUGACAGGCAUGACCAUGCAAAGGGAUCUGGGUCAGAACUGGAGCACUCCUUGAGAAAGUCAUAAUGUCUAGAACAAAAUAUAGAAAUAAAGACAAAUGUUUUUUAAAAGCACGUGCGCGAGAGUGAGAGAGAAGAAACAGAAAUACACAGAAAAGAAGGAAAGACAAAAAAUAGGAAUGAAGAAAUGCGAAGAGCAAAUGAAGGAGGAAAACAAACACCCCCAUGUUUCCUUGGGAAUGUCGGACAGGGCUUCCUCAGGGAAGUGGGAACUUGUUUUAAACAAACAAACAAAAAUAUAUUAAAGCACAAAUUUCUACCAGAACAGUUACCUUCUUUACUGCAGAGCCCACAGCUUAGUGGAUGGUACACCGCAGCACUCCCCUUGUCUCCCCAUGCUUUCCCACUGGCUUGGGCUGCCCCACUGCCGGCCUUGACCGUGGGGCAGCAGCCGCCCCUCGUGCUGGUGGCCAGAGCAUCUUGCCUCGCACCGCAUGUGCUUCCGUGUCGCCAUCCAUCCUCACCUACCAGGCUCUCAUGUGUUUAAUUGCCCCCUGUGUGGUUUGCUUUGGCCUUUCCCCACCGCUCCGUUCUUCUCACCCACCAACCUGAAGAAGAUGGAGCAGGAAAGGACUCAUCACACGGACCAUGCUGAGUGGUGGAGAAGUUCCGGCUGGAUCCGGCUGCAGCGCUGGCCUCUGAGUGUCUCUUGCUCCCUCUCGGCACUCUUGCUGGGUGGAGAAACUAUGAGAGCAGAUCUGAGCUGCAGACAGAAAUGUGUCUCUGUUGGGCUGAGGGAUGGGGCAGCGUGGGGUGGGAAGGGGAAAGAAUUCCACAUUGGCUUCCCCUUGUGAAUGUUGGGAUGACAGUCACCUCAGCCCUAAGCCCAGGACUGCUUCUCUGCCUGUCUUUUGUUACCUAUUUAUUUUGGUCUUUUAUUCCAUCACUUAACUUACCCCAUCUCAAGCGUUUUGAAUUAUGGGAAGAGUCAGGCACUUAAACCUUCAGCAGGUCCUGUGCCCAUGUUGCAGCCCCAUGGCCAUCAGUGCAGGCAGCUCCAAUACUGCCCUCUCACCUUCUGAGGCCUUUUUGCACACACAGUGCAUUAGCUGCAGGGUGGGCAGAGUGUGGCAACAGCAUUGCUGCUCAGGGAAAAGGUGGCUGGAUUUUGUCAGCACAUGCAGCCUUACAGGCACUCAGCUUCCACUGCCAAAGCAGUGGGUAGAGGAGCUGAAAGCUGGAGGCAGGAAGCUUGACCCAAAAGAGAGGCUUCUGCUGAACUGAGAAACAGUGGAGGGAUGAGGGAAAAUCAUUUUUUCCCUGUUGGCAUCAUGAAAGGUUAAAGCUGGUGUCUCUCUCUGCUGCAGACUUGCAGCAGGUCCGGCCUGACCUCCUCAGGGUCCAGAUGAGCCCCACAGGAGAAGGGACUGCCCUGCACGGGCCAAGUGGGAGCUGUGAUAGCCUUGUUGCAACUGGGAGCAGCUCUGGGCACGAAUUGCCUCCAUGCACAGGGCAGAGUUAGCCCCACAGGACUGUGAAUUGGGGUUUACUAGCCACUCUGGCAGUUCAGUAAGUGGGGCUCUUCCCCCUAAUGGACAGCCCAUCCAAACUCCAUACCUGGGGAACCACAGAUACAGGAUGAGCCAGCUCUUUCACUCACCAGAGCCUCCAGUACCCAUGGCUCCUUACCCAUUUCUGAUUAAUAUAUUAGCUUCUCUGAGCCAACUGUGUCUAAAAUCACCUGAAUGUAUUAGCUGUCCCCUGCAUUGCUCAGCUUCAAGCAACAGCUGUUGCCCCGUUUCUUCUACUGAUGGGGGAGGAAAGCUCGUAUUUAAUUCCCAAGAGAUCCAGUUUGAAGUCUUGAAACCCCUCACUCUCCAGCUCCUGGAAGGGCAUUCAUGUGCACUAAUGCUCCCCAGACAUCACUGAAGAGAGAAAGGGCGUCAGCUCUGAGGGAAAAGAGGACCUUCACAGGAGGCCUCACAAGACUGUAAGAGGGGGUGAUACAGGUCUCCCUUGCUCCUAUUGCUUUUCUUCACUUCUAAGGAUGAGGACUGUGUCUUUUUUGUCUCCACCCUCCCCCUCCAGAACCCAGACCUCAAUCACACUGCAUAUUUGACCAGGAGACCUGUAGCUGUGUCCCAGGGCCAGGCAGCAUUGUGGGAUGCUGUGGGUGUCAGCAACAAUUCUGCUUCUUGCUGCCUGUCUGUUGCCAUUUUCAUGGGCAGCCAGUGCCACCAUCAUCUUUUAGCUGAGUUCUUUCAGUUCUGUUCUUUUCUACAUGUUUGUUAUAGGCCAGAAAUCAUCACCCCACUCCUGAAAAGAGUCUACUUUCAUUCCUAGGAGAAAUGGUGCUUUCCGUGAGACCUUGGAUGCUUCAUGAUAGCUCCUGAUCUGUCAGUGGCAAAACAUUUGUGCUAUGUUGCUUAUUCUAGGGCAGAAGGUGGAGACAGGAACAUUUUCCCAUCAGUAAGAGGUAAUCCAGGGCAACCAUUCAAUCUUCUAGGCUCUGAGGCAGAGGUCCUUGUGGCUUUGCUUCUACUGGCUGCUUAGCCAGGGUUGCAUAAGCAUGUUUUGUUGACGUUUAGGGGGCAGCAGAGAGACUGUGGGGCUGGGGAGGUGCAGCCUGAAGGUUCAGGAUCACAGACAAAACAUUAUCUGCGAGGCAAGCAUCAGCCAAGGGGCACCACAUUUUCAGAAAGGGACACCUGCAGGGAGGGUGUCCGUGCCCUGCUGCCAGCUGCUGCAAGGAAGGAUGUAAGUGCCUCACUAAGCCAACCCAUGGCACAGGGGCAGUUGGGUCCAGGGCAGAUGAGAACAAGCAGAUGGCCCCAGCCAGAGGUGAAGCCUUUUCCUGCUGUCAUGCAUGGGCCCAUCAGCUUCAGUAAAGUCUCAGGGAGCCCCUUCCUGCUUAGACCUCUACUCCUUUAUCUCUGGCUAGAAAGCAGCUGGUGGUAAGUUUGGGGGGAAGUCAUUAACCCAAGUGCCUCAGCUUCUCAGAAGUGCUGAGGACAAAAGGAAGGACCUCAUUUCCCUGGCAGAUGUGCUAAGAGAGUGUAGCAGAGGAAAGAGGCACUUGAGCAGCAAGGAUGAGAAGUUGUGCAAUGAUGAGGGAGAGACAGUGUCCCUCCUCUCUGAGGACAGUCGUAUUUGUGGUUUACUACCCCAUGCUUGAUGGGGCAAUUCUCCUUGCAGUGGUAAUGAAUCCCAGGUGAGAUAUAAAGCCAUGCUCCUUACCCCUUGUAAUUAAAGAUCCCCUCACACUUUUCACAAUGUUCUGGCUAAAUUAUGAUCCUUGAACUUAAUUACAUGCUGUCUUCUUAAAUAUCUGUUGCAGUCCCAACAUUAUAUUUCUCUUCCUGAUGUUUUAUGUUGUUCUGUGCCUGUCAAAUUGCUGCUUUAUUCCACCCCAGAAGUGGCUGCAUUUCAGUGAUGGUGGAGAUUAUUCCUGUACAUAGUAUGAAAGUCACUGCAGAAGAAAAGUGCAAUAUAAAUUUAAGAGACUGCUUUUAUUUACAAGGAGACUUCUGCUUGGUAGUUGUAGAAAUACAUUAGGAAGAAUGCUCUGUGGGUGUUAGCCAAUAUAUACUCAUUUUCUUUCUUUUUUUUUUCAGGGUAUAAACCAGAAAAUAUGUGAGUGUGCAGGCUCCUGGGUAUAAGUUGUAGAUAUUAGAAGUAGUGAAUGCUACUGUGUAGUUACAAGUUGGGCUUACAGAGAAACUUCCAUUUGAAAGCUCUUUUUGUAGUUCAUUGUAUUCUGAAAUAUAUACUUUUUUAAUUAUAA